ACCGUGCCACCAGCGGGCCGGGCCGCGGCGCCGCUCCCCGGGGAAGGGGCCAGGAGGGGCUCCCGGGGCGGCGCGCGGGGGCCGCACCCCCACCCCGCGGGCCCGCCGCCCCCUUCCUGCCCGGACGGGGCCCAGCCUCCACCGUCGCCUCGGGGGCGGCCGCGCAGGGGGCUCGCGCGCCAGCGGGGGCGGCGGAGACGGGGAGGGUGCGCCGGCCCGCCUCCCCCCCCCGCCCCGUCCGCACCCCUGCCCGGGGCCCCCACCCCGGGGUCUCCCCCCUCCCUUGUUGCUAAGGCCCAGACCGUCAUCCCAGCAACAGCCUCAGUCAUGUGACCGGCAAUGGCGGCGCUGAGGAGAGUUCUGGUCAGCUGCGUGGGCAAGUAGAGAGAUUUCUGCUUCCGUGGCCGUCCAUGGGCUUGCCAGGUCACACCACGUACAAGUAGGGAGCUGGGACAGAGAGAGCCUGCAUGCCAAUUCUAAGCUCUUCAGGAUCAAAUGUCGUUCGUCCUGUCCAGAAUGGCAGCCUGCGGAGGCACCUGCAAGAACAAAGUGACGGUCUCCAAGCCCGUGUGGGACUUCCUGAGCAAGGAGACCCCCGCGCGGCUGGCGCGGCUCCGGGAGGAGCACCGCGUGUCCAUCCUCAUCGACGGCGAGACCUCAGACAUCUACGUGCUCCAGCUGGCCCUCCAGGGGCCCCUGCCCGCCGCGCCCAACGGGCUCUACCUGGCCCGCAAGGCCCUCAAGGGGCUGCUGAAGGAGGCGGAGAAGGAGCUGAAGAAGGCGCAGCGGCAGGGCGAGCUGAUGGGCUGCCUGGCUUUGGGGGGCGGGGGCGAGCACCCUGAGCUGCACCACCGCCCGGGCCCGCCCCCUCUGCGCGCAGCGCCGCUCCUGCCCCCCGGGGCGCGGGGGCUGCCCCCGCCGCCGCCUCCCCUGCCCCCUCCCCUGCCUCCCCGCCUCCGGGAGGAGCCCGAAGAGCCCGAGCGCACCUGCCCCAUCUGCCUGGGGGAGAUCCAAAACGCCAAGACCCUGGAGAAGUGCCGGCACUCCUUCUGCGAGGGCUGCAUCACGCGGGCCCUGCAGGUGAAGAAGGCCUGCCCCAUGUGCGGCCGCUUCUACGGGCAGCUGGUGGGGAACCAGCCCCAGAACGGGCGCAUGCUGGUCUCCAAGGACGCCACCCUCCUGCUGCCCAGCUACGAGAAGUACGGCACCAUCGUCAUCCAGUACGUCUUCCCGCCCGGCGUCCAGGGGGCUGAACACCCCAACCCAGGGGUCCGGUACCCUGGCACUACCCGCGUGGCCUACCUCCCAGACUGCCCCGAGGGCAACAAGGUGCUGACCCUGUUCCGGAAGGCGUUUGAUCAGCGUCUCACCUUCACCAUCGGCACGUCCAUGACCACAGGGAGACCGAACGUCAUCACCUGGAACGACAUCCACCACAAGACCAGCUGCACAGGGGGACCCCAGCUGUUUGGGUACCCGGACCCCACCUACCUGACCCGGGUGCAGGAGGAGCUGAGAGCCAAGGGUAUCACGGAUGACUGAAGGCCGCCCCCCCUCUGUCGCGGCCCCCCUCUGUCACGGCCCCCCCGCUCUUCUCCUCUACUGGAACCCAGCGGGAACCUCUGUUCUCCCUUUCUCCCUCAGGGGAACCCCCCCAACACACACACACACACACACACACACACACACACACACACACACACACACACACACACACACACACACACACACACACACACACACACACACACACACCACCCUCCCAGGGGACCUGACUGCCGCCAGGGGGGAGGGAGUUCUGAGGUGGAGGGCACAGUCCCCGCCCCUGUCCCCCCCCCCAGGCCUAGUGCUUCGUGCCCCGAGCACCGCUCCCUCUGGCAGAGCUGACGUCCCGGGCUCCAGCCCCUCCUCCCCUGUACAGACUCCCUCCUGCCCUCGGCUGCUUCUGGUAUGUGCUAUGCUCCAGUGACUAAGCCGGCAGGACGGGCGGGGAGGGCAGGGUCCUGCACCCCUCCCUCCCGGCCGCUCUGGCUGAACUGUGGGGCAGAGGGAGAGGAGUGGGGCCGCUGGACCUCCUCCCCCCAUGGAGCCGCCCUGUGUCUCCCCCAGAAAGCCCCCUGCCCCCCCACCCCCACCCAAUGCCCUUCCCCUGGCGUUCCCCGGUCUCUGUCGGUCUGUCUUUCUCCUGCUCUCCUCUCCUCUGCCCCUCUAAGAGCCUCCUUCCCCCUGUUCUGGAAUCGCCGCCAGACUGUAGCUUUUAAUUUAAUAAAAAUAAAGUAAAAUAUGCAACUCUC